AUGCAACAAGAUUCAAGUAGUAACAGUUCUAAUGAUGAGAAUAAAUCUCCUCCACCAACAUCAUCAUCAGCAUUUGUCACAUCAUCAUCAGAAGCUGGAUUGGAGGCUAAUUUAUCACCAAUUUCUUGUAUUUGCUGUAGAAAGGCCCACAAACGUUGCGAUCGAAAGUUUCCCUCAUGUUCGAAAUGCAUUCAGAGAGGAGUUGAUUGUUUUUAUAAUGAACCUAAAAAGAGAGGAAAAGCCUCGGAAACCUACAGACAAAAGAAGAGAAUUAAACAAGAUGGAACUGAAUUAAAGCAAAUUGUUCAUUACUAUUACUCGUACAUGGCAGGUGGUUAUCCAAUUAUUGUCAAGGCAAAAUUAGAAUACUUUAUAGAUGAAUAUUUGACACAAAUUGAAAAUAAUGAUGAAUUUACAGUUGAAAAGAAUCAAUAUAUUACCAGCGAGCAAGAAUUGAAUGCAAUUUAUUCAUUCUUCUUGGCAAUCAAGGGUAUUUAUUUUCAAUUGAAUGCCAAUUUACCAAAAGCAUCUGAAACAAUUAGUAUGUGUGAAGAGUAUUUGGGGAAAUUGUUGACCAAAUCAAUGCAGUUCUACAUUUAUGCUGCAUGUCAAAUGGUGGCAGUUUAUUAUAGUGGAGCAGGGGAUCUUUCAAAAGUGAGAUUCUAUGACACGAUGGUGAAUUAUUAUUUGAAUGGAAAUGAGAAAACAGUUUUUGACAAGUAUGAGGAGAAUAUGAGGAAGAGAAUGACAUGCCUUUCAAAAUCAUCAACUGAUUUCUUGGAUGAAUACUCUGGAUUCUUUAAAAAGAUGCCAACCUUUUUCGAACAUUCAGUUGCCCGUAAGCUUCAGGAUUUGUUACUUCCUGGAACUCUUGAAUAUUUACAGGUAGCUCCAAAAACAUUAGAAGGUUAUGCAUUCUUCAAAAAGGUCACAGAAUUUACAUACAGAGUUAUGGGGCAAUAUCAUAACGAUAUUAUUAAGGAAAUGAAGGAUUGCCAUACGAACGAUUUUUUCAAAUUCGAACAAGUGCACAAAACUAUUAUGUAUUUUGGAUUUCACCUGUACUAUCUGAAUGCAAUACCCUAUAUAACACCUCAACUUGAAGAAGUAGCUCUCAAAAUAACAGUUUCCACUGAAAGUGAAUAUUUCAACUACGCCAUUCCAGAGGUGCUUAUUUCAGUGAAAGGUGCAGCUCAAGUUCAUUUAGACAUUUGUAAAGAAAUAGAGUCUGGAAAGAGACAAAACAAUUCUACACUUCAAACAGAUGGAAAAAUACUAACUUUGGAUUAUUAUUCGGUGCUGGAAAAGGAUGUCAAUGCUCUUACAUCGUUACAGAAAAAGUACCCAAACAGAGUGGCUGAUCUGUGUGAAGAUUUACUGGCAAACAUGAGAAAUUUAUUAAGAGCUCACAAUGAAAGACUGAUAAGAUUUUCCACACAGUUCAUUGAAGAAAAUGAUUUGGAACCAAUUGCCAAUAAUGAACAUUGUAACAGUGAUUGUUAUAGUGAUCAAUCCAAUGAUUUGACACGUUCAGAUGAGACGGUUAAUUGUACUGAAGGACCAGCAAAGUGGAAUUCUCUCAUUCACUAUUUGGAAGCUAUUGAUGGAGAAUUAGGCAAUGUAUCAGGCAAUAACAGUACCACCGAAAAUACAGAUUUCAUACCAUCAAAUGAUAAUGAGCUAGACCUUGAUCAGUUCAUAAUUUAA